AUGGAGACUCCCUAUCAGAACCACAUUGAUAAGGCUGACUUUGACCAUGUGUAUGAGCCUGCUGAAGACAGCUUUCUACUCAUAGAUGCCUUAGAAAAAGACCUACAAUACUUGAAAAGCAAAAACCCCAUAUUCUGCUUAGAAGUUGGUUCUGGCAGUGGUGUAGUUAUAACAGCACUUGGUAUGGCAUUCCCACACACUUUCUGCUUGAGCACAGAUGUCAAUUUAAAAGCUUGUGCAAUGACCAAGCAAACUGCUGCUUAUAAUAAAGUUAAUUUGGAUUCAUGCAACAUGGACUUGGCUAGUUCCUUCACUGAUAAUAUUUUUGAUGUUAUCAUCUUCAAUCCACCGUACGUGGUGACGGACAGUGAGGAGUGUGGAGGCAGUGACAUCACAGCUAGUUGGGCUGGCGGGGCUAAGGGCCGUGAGAUUACUGACAGGCUACUCAACAUGAUACCAAAGAAACUAGCCAAUAAUGGAGUCUUCUACCUUCUGCUUAUUGAAGAAAACAUUCCAGAUGAAGUUGUUCAAAUUAUGAACGGUUUUGGAUUUAAAUCUGAGACAGUUAUUAAGAGGAAAGUAAGAAAUGAGCAACAAUUAGUUUUAAAGUUUUAUAAGUAAAGGUCAUAUUCCUAAUCUGCAAUAUUAUUUUAACAGAUUGUUAAAGAACAUUUACUGCUUGUAGAUUAUUGUUUAUAGCUAAGGUAAAAUUAAACUACAGUUUAUAAUAAUAUAUUGCAGCCAAUUUGUUGUAUAUUAAAUAAGUUUAACAAUAACAUAUAAUAUGUAACAAAAAUAUAUUUUGUAAGCAAAAA